AUGAGUAAUGUUGAGUGUCCGUGUGGACAGGGUGAAUAUGAACAGUGCUGUCAGCCUUUGCACUUGGGACAAAGUCGUGCGCAGAGCGCUACUCAACUUAUGCGCUCACGUUAUAGUGCUUUUGCCAAACAGCAAAUUGAUUACAUUGUGCAAACCACAGCGUUGGGGCAGCAACAGGCUCUAGAUGUUGCAGCAAUUGCGGAGUGGAGUCGAAGCAACCAAUGGUUGAAGUUAGACGUCGUGCAGGCCAAUGAAAAACUCGAUAAAAACCAUGCCAUGGUCGAGUUCAAAGCCCAUUAUCAUGAUGGCACAUCGCCACAGAUACAUCAUGAAAUUUCACAUUUUGUGAAACAUGCCGAGGCAUGGUAUUUUUUAGAUCCAACCACUGAAAUGCAAAUCACCAUGAAACAAGCGUGCAUCUGCGCGAUCACAGCAGAGGCAAUGACAGGUGCACUGUCGGCGGGUCGGCGUAGUAUGGAUUGGUUUGGUGUGGUGAUUAUUGCCUGUGUCACAGCACUGGGCGGCGGUUCUGUCCGCGAUGUGUUAUUGGGACAUUAUCCGCUGACUUGGGUCAAGCAUCCUGAAUAUUUGAUGCUGACGUGUUUUGCCGCUUUUAUGACGAUUUUGAUUGCUAAGUGGAUGCGCCAUUUACGCAAUAUUUUCUUGGUGCUCGAUGCUCUGGGCCUGAUUGGUUUUACCAUCAUCGGCUGUCAAAUUGCCUUAGAAAUGGGACAUGGUUUUGUGGUGUCUGCGGUUGCAGGGGUUCUUACAGGGGUAUCAGGCGGUAUCUUGCGUGAUAUUUUGUGUAACGACGUCCCUUUGGUCUUCCGCCGUGAACUGUAUGCCAGUAUUUCUUUUGUCGCGGUGAUUUUCUAUUGGGGCUGCAUUCAGCUCGGUUUAUCACUUGAGCUGACCGUGAUUUCGACUUUGAUCUUUGGUUUUAGCUUACGUUUAAUCGCGAUUUACUUUGGCUUAGAAAUGCCAAAAUUCAUUUAUCAAGAUGAUGAUGAGCAAUCGGCUUCCUCGAAAGAUGCCAGCUAA